UCUUGCAUUCGCUCUUGACACCUCAGCCUUGCCACUAGUCGAGCUCAGCAAUGGACUAGCAAGGUCAGCAUUCUGGAUGGCAAACCCGAAGAAUGCAUCAUUCGGCCUGACCCCGACUGCAGCAGCACCUGCCCAAGGUCCAGUCGCUGCCAGCAGAAGACCGCAAGCUGCUUCUAGCAAGCACGAGCCGAACGUCAUUUACGCCGAAGGGUGGCUUGAGAGGCAAGACCGAGUCUUGGAGCGACAUUCAUCGCAUCGGGGAGAGACGAACGCAGUAUGCUGGGGUUCAGCUUAGCAGAGCUCCGCUGCAUUGCCGCAGCCUUUGCGAGUACACCUGCAGCUUCCAAGAUUUUCGGGAGAAUGCCAGCCUUGGAGCCAGUAUGAAUCGGCAGCUCGCCAAGUCCUUCAGAGACGGCAACAGGUCUACAAAACCUUCCCUGCCGAUCCCCCUCGGCAACAGCUCGUACUCGGAGGCGUUUUCCGGCCUGAGCAAGCGCGAUCUUCGGCGAGCGCGCCAACGGGCCACGGUGCCCGAGCAGGGCAGGUCGGAAGAUUCUUUGGGCUUUGGUUCCAAAAAGAGCUCCGAAACGAGGUCAGCAUCCCACCACUGCCACGAGAAACUUCCGGUUGACAGGAUAGACACUACCCGACAGAAGGCAAAGGACAGCUUGGGACCGCGGUCAGGCAGCUACGCUGUCAGGACCACAUACCAAGAGUCCUUCAAGCCUCAAUCUGCUCCUGACUACUACAGACCUGUGCGUUCAUCACAGGUCAAAUUCUCAUGGACAGAGCCCGCUGAGAGCUUGCCUCGCGAUGAGCUCUGAGUCUGUAAGUGGGAAUUGGCUUCAUAAGAAGCUCCGAUUUUGAGUCCGGCGUUGAGGAAUGCCGAGGCUGAGGCCAAGACUCCAAAUUUCCAGAGCAGCACAGUGCCGUUCAAUGUGACACCGGGCCUCAUUUGAUGC